AAUGUCAACGUCAAACAGUAUACAUAUCUCUGAGUUAUAGAAGUGCGUGUUUUGGUUGGAUUUUAUCCACGUUGUUUUUAUUUAUUUUUGUGAAUAUUACUAGAUAUUUUUUGUAGUCAUUACUAACAGAAUAAUAAUAUAUAAAAAUGGCUAAAAAAGGCAAAGCUAAGAUCAGCAAAGUGAAGAGGAACAACCAGACGACAAAUAAAAUGAAAAAGCAAGGAAAAUUGAAGCUACAGAGGCAUAGAACAAAAGUUCAACAACAAAAGCAACCAACACAGCACAAGCAAGUGGAAUAUAGUAGUGAGAGCGAAUCAGCGUCAGGAGACGAGUGGGCGGACAUGUUGGAUGAUGAGGAACAGAAUUACAUCAUGAAAAGGAUAGCAACACAGCCGCAGUUGUUGUCCAAUGUGCCGGAAGAAGACAAAAAGAACAAAUCGAGAAAAAGAAGAAGGGAGGACAAGGGCAAGAUGCCUAAACUAGUCAAGACCCCUGGGAGUGAUAGCGGAGCUGAAUCUAAUUCUGAUGCCAGCAUUAAAUCUGAUGACGAAUUGAGUAUGGAAUCUGAAGACUCGGGGAGUGAACUUGAGGAAAAAUUUGAGCAGGAGUUAGCGGAGAGACCGGUGAAAAAAAUUCGCCCAUUGCUACCUAUUAAGACUAAAGAAGGUGUGAUGGAGAGGACUGAGGAAGUGGAAGAAUCUGAAUCAGAAGAGGAGCCUCCAGCAAAACAGAAGAAGACCAGUCAAACAAAUACAGAGCAAGCUGACUCAGAAUCCGACUCGGGUAUGGAAGGUACAGCAGAUGAGUCUCCGGAAGCCGGGGAGGGAGGGGAGAUGGUGACUGCGGUACAGCUCUUAACAGAGAGGAGGGAUAAACUGCAACGGGAUAAGUUGAGGAUCGGUGCACUGUGCUCGUCGUUGUUGGAACAGCCUGAGAAGAAGCUGAAAAAUCUAUAUCCAAUCCUGUAUUUAAUGGAGGACCGGCUCAAAGAUGGGCAACUCAACCUGGCGUCAGUCCGCAAGCUGGCAACACUGUCGGCCUGCGAGGUGUUCAAGGAUGUAUUGCCAGACUACAUGAUCCGGCAUCAGGACUAUUCCAACAUCAAGUUAAAAAAGGACACUCUGGCCCUGUACAAAUACGAGAAGGAACUAUUGGAGUUCUAUAAGCGUUAUCUACAACGGUUGGAGAAAGCUGCCAUCGUGCUGAGGAGGAAGAAGGGAGACACCAGAAAAUUAGAUGGCUCCACAAGCAGCAUAGCGCACAUAUCCCUCCGUUGCAUGUGUGACCUGCUCACGUCCAGGCCGCACUUCAACUAUGCCACGAACAUAGCCCAGAGUGUGAUACCUUACCUGGAUUGUGAACCAAGUGCUUCAGAAUUGGUCACCGACGCUUGCAGGAAAGUCUUCGCUGACGAUAACAAGGGGGACAUAACUUUAGUGAUCGUCCGACUAAUCAACCAACUAGUGAAACGACGAGGUGAGCGUCUGAAGCCGUCCGCGCUGGACUGUUUGCUGUCGCUCAAAAUAACCGACAUUGACUUGGACGAGCAGGCGGACAUACAGCACAAGAAGAAGCAGGAGGAGAAGAAGAAGAAGCGUAUUGUUAAUCUGUCCAAAAAGGAGAAAAAGCGUCAAAAGAAACUAAAAGAAGUGGAACGCGAGCUGCUUGAGACGGAGGCGCACGAGAGCGAGAUGGCGCGCAAGAAACAGCUGACGGAAGUGACGAAGACAGUGUUCCACAUCUACUUCCGGUUGCUGAAGAGCGCGCCCCAAUCUGCUCUGUUGGCGGCUGCGUUGCAGGGCAUCACCAAAUUCACCCACAUAAUAAACCUGGAAUACUACUCUGACCUGGUGUCGAUCCUGUCCCGAAUGCUGCAGAGCGCGAGCGCAGCGCGCACGUCGCGCUUGCGCUGCGCGCGCGCAGCCCUCGCUGUGCUCAGCGGCGCGGGCGACGCGCUCAACGUGGACCCGGCCAACUUCCACAACUAUCUGUAUGCUAACGCCCUCGAUGUCCACGCUGGUAUAACGCACACAGACGCUCGUCUGGUGAUCGAAGCGAUCGCGCAGAUAUGUUCGCGAGCGCGGCGCGUGUCCGCGAACGUGUUGCAGGCGUUCGGCAAACGAUUGGCCGAGCUGUCUCUGCAGCUGCAGCCGAAUGGCGCUCUGGCGUGUCUCGUCUUGUUGCACAACUUAAUACAGCAAAGUAAACCAGUAUCGUCGCUGCUAGAGCCGGACCCGGACAGCGGGUGUGGGCGGUAUGAUGCGCAGCUCACGUCCCCGGAGCACUGCGGCGCGGACAGCGCCUCGCUCGCCGAGUUGUCUGCGCUGCGCCGCCACCUGCACCCCGCCGUCAGGAGCGCCGCCACAGCGCUACAUGAACGGAACUUGCCAACGGAGUUUUGUAAGAUGACACCAACAAAAAUAUUCGACGUUUAUGAUGGCUCCCAAAUGGCGUUUAAACCUGCAGUACCGCCUCCAAAGAUGGUGGAACAGAAGACUAAGAAACCCGCCCACGCCCACUGCUGGGCACAGAGCGACCUGAAGUUAUUGUGCGAGAAUGUUGAGAAAAGUGUUGAUUUAAAUAUCAGUGUUGGGUGAUGACAGAUUAAAUAAAAUAUUACACAUAA